AUGGCAUAUGAUCGGGAUAUGGUGGUUAAUUGUAUCAAGCGACACUACGAGCUUUUUGUGAAAGCAGCCUACUUCGAUGCAGCAGAAGUCAGAUACCCUCCUGAUGAAGGCUGGAGCGAUGAGCAGCUUGCUGUUGAUAUUCUCCGUGCUUUUGGUCGCUCAGAGGAAGUAUGCAAUCUCCUACGACGACUGCUUUAUAUCAAAAAGCUGGACGGUGACGAUAAAGACGAAGUAUACUUUGAAACACGGCAUCUUAGCUACCUCCGCGAUACCUGGCCGUUCAAGUCUUUAACCAUAGAAGAGUGCCAAGGACAACAGUUAUCCGACAAACUCCUGAUGCCUCAUCCUGCUGAUUGGCCAGCUGGAUUCAUUUCAUUGACACGAGAUCAACAUGCGACAUGGUGGAUAAUCGACACUGCAAAAGGUUGGAUCCUAUUACCCACUCAUACAGGCAACUAUAGAUCUCAUAUUCAUCCCAGGUAUCAUACAUCUGGUAGGACAAAGUUAUGUAGAGCCACCAAAAGAUGA